AUGGAGCCUGGGCCCGCGGCGCCCUCCUCCGGCGCCCAGAGGUCGGCCGGGGUCGGGGAGACUCCACCGGCCGCCGCUCUGGCCCCCGCCGGGUUAGACCUGCCCGGCACUGCGGUGCCCUCGGUGCCAGAGGAUGCUGCGGCCGCAAGCCGAGACGCCAGCGGGGUCCGCAGCGAGGUUGCCGCGGCGGCCGGGGACGGGCUGGGCAGACCCUUGGGGCCCACCCCGAGCCAGAGCCGCUUCCAGGUGGACCUGGUUUCCGAGAACGCCGGGCGGGCCGCGGCGGCGGCGGCGGCGGCGGGGGCGGAGAAGGCGGCGAAGGAGGCGAAAGUCAGUGGCGAAGGCGGGCCGGCGAAGGGGAGCGAGGAAGCCAAGGGCCGCUUCCGUGUGAACUUCGUGGACCCUGCUGCCUCCUCGUCUGCGGAGGACAGCCUUUCGGAUGCGGCGGGGAUCGGAGGCGACGGGCCCAACGUGAGCUUCCAGAACGGCGGGGACACAGUGCUGAGCGAGGGCAGUAGCCUGCACUCGGGCGGCGGCGGCAGCAGUGGGCACCACCAGCACUACUACUAUGAUACCCACACCAACACCUAUUACCUGCGCACCUUCGGCCACAACACCAUGGACGCUGUGCCCAGGAUCGACCACUACCGGCACACAGCCGCGCAGCUGGGCGAGAAACUGCUUCGGCCCAGCCUGGCCGAGCUCCACGACGAGCUGGAAAAGGAACCUUUUGAGGAUGGCUUUGCCAAUGGAGAAGAAAGUACUCCAACCAGAGACGCGGUGGUUACAUACGCGGCAGAGAGUAAAGGGGUCGUGAAGUUCGGCUGGAUCAAGGGUGUCUUAGUACGUUGUAUGUUAAACAUUUGGGGUGUGAUGCUUUUCAUUAGAUUAUCGUGGAUUGUGGGUCAAGCUGGAAUAGGUCUGUCAGUUGUUGUAAUAAUGAUGGCCACCGUUGUGACGACUAUCACAGGAUUGUCCACUUCAGCAAUAGCUACGAAUGGAUUUGUAAGAGGAGGAGGAGCAUAUUAUUUGAUAUCUAGAAGUCUAGGGCCAGAGUUCGGUGGUGCAAUUGGCCUGAUCUUUGCUUUUGCAAAUGCUGUUGCAGUUGCCAUGUAUGUGGUUGGAUUUGCAGAGACUGUGGUGGAGUUGCUGAAGGAACAUUCCAUUCUUAUGAUAGAUGAAAUCAAUGAUAUCCGAAUUAUUGGAGCCAUUACAGUGGUGAUUCUUUUAGGUAUCUCAGUAGCCGGAAUGGAGUGGGAAGCAAAAGCUCAGAUUGUUCUUUUGGUGAUUCUUCUUUUUGCUAUUGGUGAUUUCGUCAUAGGAACAUUUAUUCCAUUGGAGAGUAAGAAGCCCAAAGGAUUCUUUGGUUAUAAAUCUGAAAUAUUUAAUGAGAACUUUGGACCAGAUUUUCGACAGGAUGAGACUUUCUUUUCUGUAUUUGCCAUCUUUUUUCCUGCUGCAACUGGUAUUCUGGCUGGAGCAAAUAUCUCAGGUGAUCUUGCAGAUCCUCAGUCAGCCAUCCCCAAAGGAACACUCUUAGCCAUUUUAAUCACCACGUUGGUUUACGUAGGAAUUGCAGUAUCUGUAGGUUCUUGUGUUGUUCGGGAUGCCACUGGGAACGUCAACGACACCAUUGUAACAGAGCUAACGAACUGCACUUCUGCAGCCUGCAAGUUAAACUUCGACUUUUCAUUUUGUGAAAGCAAUCCUUGUUCCUAUGGCCUAAUGAACAACUUCCAGGUAAUGAGUAUGGUGUCAGGAUUUGCCCCGUUAAUUUCUGCAGGGAUCUUCUCAGCUACUCUUUCUUCAGCAUUAGCCUCCCUUGUCAGUGCUCCCAAAAUAUUUCAGGCUCUGUGUAAGGACAACAUCUACCCAGCUUUUCAGAUGUUUGCCAAAGGUUAUGGGAAAAAUAAUGAACCUCUCCGUGGCUACAUUUUAACAUUCUUAAUUGCACUUGGAUUCAUCUUAAUUGCUGAACUGAACGUUAUUGCUCCGAUCAUCUCUAACUUCUUCCUUGCAUCGUAUGCGCUGAUUAAUUUCUCAGUAUUCCAUGCAUCACUUGCAAAAUCUCCAGGAUGGCGUCCUGCAUUCAAAUACUACAACAUGUGGAUAUCACUUAUUGGAGCGAUUCUUUGUUGCAUAGUGAUGUUUGUCAUUAACUGGUGGGCUGCAUUGCUAACAUAUGUGAUAGUCCUUGGGCUGUAUAUUUAUGUUACCUACAAAAAACCAGAUGUCAACUGGGGGUCCUCUACUCAGGCCCUGACUUACCUGAAUGCACUGCAGCAUUCAAUUCGUCUUUCUGGGGUGGAAGACCAUGUAAAGAACUUUAGGCCACAGUGUCUUGUUAUGACAGGUGCUCCAAACUCACGUCCAGCUUUACUUCAUCUGGUUCACGAUUUCACAAAAAAUGUUGGUUUGAUGAUCUGUGGCCAUGUACAUAUGGGCCCUCGAAGACAAGCAAUGAAAGAGAUGUCCAUUGACCAAACCAAAUAUCAGAGAUGGCUUAUUAAAAACAAAAUGAAGGCAUUUUAUGCUGCAGUCCAUGCAGAUGACUUGAGAGAAGGUGCUCAGUAUUUGAUGCAGACUCAAGACCAUGAUGCCUUUGACAUACAAUAUGGAGUAGUGGUUAUUCGCCUGAAAGAAGGUCUAGAUAUAUCUCAUCUUCAAGGACAAGAAGAAUUAUUGUCAUCACAAGAGAAAUCUCCUGGCCCCAAGGAUGUGGUGCUAAGUGUGGAGUACAGUAAGAAGUCAGAUUUAGAUACUUCUAAGCCACCUGGUGAAAAACCUGUUAAAGACGAGGAAGAGGAUGGCAAGACUCCAACUCAACCACUGUUGAAAAAAGGCAGAGGCCCUGCUGUGCCUUUAAAUGUAGCUGACCAAAAGCUUCUUGAAGCUAGCACACAGUUUCAGAAAAAACAAGGAAAGAAUACUAUUGAUGUCUGGUGGCUUUUUGAUGAUGGAGGUUUGACCUUAUUAAUACCUUAUCUGCUGACUACCAAGAAAAAGUGGAAAGACUGUAAGAUCAGAGUGUUCAUUGGUGGAAAAAUAAACAGAAUAGACCAUGACCGGAGAGCGAUGGCUACUUUGCUUAGUAAGUUCCGGAUAGACUUCUCAGACAUCAUGGUCCUAGGAGAUAUCAACACCAAACCAAAGAAAGAAAAUAUUACAGCUUUUGAUGAAAUGAUUGAGCCAUACAGACUUCACGAAGAUGAUAAAGAACAAGAUAUUGCAGAUAAAAUGAAAGAAGAUGAACCAUGGCGAAUAACAGAUAAUGAGCUUGAACUUUAUAAGACAAAGACAUACCGUCAGAUCAGGUUAAAUGAAUUAUUAAAGGAACAUUCAAGUACAGCUAAUAUUAUUGUCAUGAGUCUCCCAGUUGCACGGAAAGGUGCUGUGUCUAGUGCUCUGUAUAUGGCAUGGUUAGAAGCUCUAUCUAAAGACCUCCCACCAAUCCUCCUCGUCCGUGGGAAUCAUCAGAGCGUCCUUACCUUCUAUUCGUAAAUGUUCUACACGAUGGACGGUCCUCCAGAGUGGUACUUCAGUGCCUAGUGAAGUAAACUGAAAUCUUCAAUGACAUUAACAUCACAAUGGCGAAUGGUGACUUUUCUUUCACUAUUUCAUUAUUUUGAAAGCACACAGGAAAGUUGCUCCAUU